GCUAAACCUUAGAAAAGAAUCAUCUGAGCCUUGUCGAAAUGCUUCUGAGAUACACUGGCGUCUUCGCCUGCUUGGGCUUUCUUUCCCUAUGUUGGGCGUAUAAAGUAACACCAAUUAUUGGAGAUGAUGUUUACCCGUUCGUGAAGAUCGGCAAUGGCUACUAUUACAUUGAGAAUAAUAAAAGAGCGAACUGGUAUCAGGCGUAUAUAGCUUGUCGGAAAAUGGGCGCCGAGCUGGUCAGCUUCGAGACCCGUGAGGAGCUGGACGCAAUGGAUGCGUAUAUACCUAUUGAGUACAGUUUGAGGCAAUACUGGACUUCUGGGACUGAUUUGGCUGUGAAGGGCAUGCAUGUCUGGUUCUCAAAUGCUGAGCCCCUGGCUGACGACGUUUGGUAUCCCGGAGAGCCAAAUGAUGCCGGCGGCAACGAGAGAUGCGAUAUAUUAAUAUAUAAGGGGACAGGAGGCACUGCCAUAAACGAUAGACAGUGCGAUAGCGUUGAGCUAUAUAUCUGUGAAGUUCCACUGCCGAAGGAAGUGUCUUUUAUAUGGUAAACUCUACAGACUCAUGUAUGUAUAUGUAUGUACAAUAUAUAGUGCUACGCAAUGAGAGCAAUAUUCUA